AUGAUGGAAAACAGUGACGGUAUUACGGGCAGCGAUGACCUGAAGAAGCUUCAGAAUCUCGACACUCGUACUGAGAGCAACGAGGAAACCACAGAGGAGCAACGGGACGGUGGAACGGUUGGCUGGAUCAGCAUUUUUGGAUCUUGGCUCGUCUCUUUCUCUACCUUUGGGUAUUUCUUCAACAAUUGGAACUUUGGGGUAAUAGUAACUGACAACAUCAUUGAAUUAGCUAUUUUUCUUCGUUUGGAGUAUAUCAAGAUUUCUACACAAGAUUCUAUCUCUCCGACAACAGUGCAAGCAAAAUCGCGAAGUUUCCAGCUCAUGAUGCCCUUUCUGUUUGGUCUUGUGUCUGGGAAACUCUUUGAUGCUGGCUACUUCCAUGCCUUGGUGAUCACCGGAUCAGCUCUGUUCACUAUCAGGUUUAAUAUACCCAGUCUAUUCAUGCUGUCUUUGGUCAAGCCACAGCACUAUGCUCAGGUCUUCCUUAGCCAAGGCGUCGGUAUGGGAGUUGGACUGGGAUUGACCUUUGUCCCGACUGUCAGCUCGAUAGUCCACCAUUUCCAAAAGCGAAAAGUACUAGCUACCGGAAUUGUUAUGAGCGGAAGCUCGCUUGGAGGAAUUGUUUUCCCAAUAAGUGAGUAUUGGACAUCUGUUCAGGGUAUCGAAUUGAAAGCUGGUCAUAGUCAUCUCAUCCCAUCAAUUGGAUUCCCAAAAGCUGUUCGCGCCAGUGGAUACCUUGUGCUGGGGAUGCUUGUACUAGCUAACUGCCUGAUGAAGUCGGCAUACCCCAAGUCAACGGGCAACCGUCCUCAAGUAAACAUACUAAGCUUCUUUACCGACCCUCCGUACAUUUUUGCCACCCUAGGGUAA